UGUAAGCAGAAGCGAAAAUCUGUAGUAAUUAAAUACGCUAUAGCAAAAACAAAAUGUGUAUUAUCAUUAAUAGAGUGAGACAAUAAACUAUAAUAAAGUGAUACGUGCAUAAGGCUUACAGUGCGCUCAAGUGUGAUAAUAUGAAGCGAAAAUAUGAUUACAACAAAAUCAGUGUUUGUAGUGUCAGUGGGGAAAAUUGGCAAUUGCGUACGUUUAUGUAAAUGUUGAGAAUAACAAGAACGAGAAGAAAAAUUAAAACGCGCAAAUCGCAAUUGCUGUUUAAAAGUUAUAAACUGUUUAUAAAGUAGCUGCGGCGCGCGCUUUACAAGUGUGUGCCUGUGUGUGUGUGUGGGGAGCCUGCAGUUGGGGGAUAAAAAGAGGCGCGAAAAAUACGCUACAAAAUGGUUGUCUCAAAAGACAACAAGCGUCGACGUAAGGAGACUGAGACACCGCCAACAACAGCUGCGGCUGUAGCAGCGGCAGUGGAGUCAUCACCUGAGAUGCCUAAAAGAACAAAGGUGCAGGCACAGCGUAAAUUUGCCCAAGGCCAAAGCGCUCCCAACUCUGCUGCCGCAGCGGCUGCAGCAGCAGCGGCGGCAGCAUCAGCAUCAUCAUCAACUGGACCCAGCACCUCAACAGAUAGCAAUCAACCACCGAUUGAGAUACUACCCAAUAAGUGCCCCAAACCUCAGGAUUUUCUCACCUUUCUGUGUUUUCGCGGCACGUCCGCGCUGCCUGCACAUCUGGACUACCUCAAUCAGGGCAAGCCUAAUGAGCCCACAGCGAACACAACACCAACUAGCAGCAGUAAUCACAACAACAACAACAAGAAAAAGCCAAGCAAUGUGAAAAAGAAACGUGGCAGACCGGCCAAAGCAGCUAUAGCAACGACAGCAGGCAGCAAAGCUGCAGAGGAUGCAGCUGAUAAAGCAAACAGUGAUAAGCCUGAAGUGGCCACGCCCCCACCGCUGAUGUUGGCGGGCGCAGUGCGUAAGCGCGCCGAGGUGAUAACUGAUGGCAAUCGACGCGGCAUGCGACGUGGCGAAACGCUUAAGCGACGCUCGAAUCGUGCCACCAACAAAAAUUCGGAGGACCACAAAGCAGUGCAGCCAGACGAUGACCAGGAGGAGGAUGAUGAGGAUGAGUACUUUUCAGCGCAUGACGCCAGCUCACGCAAUGGCGGGCGAGAGGAGACGCCCGCCAAGUCGGAUAUAGCAGCAGCUGUAACAACACAAGCGCAGACGAGGCGCGGACGCAAAACAGCGGCACCAAUCGCACCGGCUGUGUCACCUGCUGUUACCGAAACCAACAGCCUGGUGGGCAAGGAGAAGGACAAGGCGCCGGUGAAGCGAGUGCGUCAGCGAGAAUCACCCAUCUUUAUACCCUCGCCCGAAUCCUCAGGACGGAUGACGCGACAGCGAGCUUUUUUUGAGCCGGUAAAGGUAACGCCCAAGCCAGACGAGCCGCCAGAGGAACCGGAAUCGCCAGCGUCUGAGGAGCCAAAGUCAAAGCAGCAGCCGGCGCCCAGCAAAGAGAAAGUAAACUCCAGCAUUUAUGCCAAAGAUGCCAAGCAGCUGGAGAAUGGAAGUGCGCACGCCGCGGAGAAGAGCUUAAAUGUCUUUGACUUUAGCUCCGAUGAUGAGCAGCCUCUGGCCAAGACCAUUAAGCUAAAAAAAGGUGGCAAGAAGGGAGCAACAGCAGCAAAUACAGCAAACGUGCGAGCACGAAAAUCCGCUGGCAAGAAGACAGAACCGAAACAAGAGGAAGAAAAGACGCCAACAAGCACGCCAAGCAAAUCCGAAGCAGAGCAGCCCAAACCCAAACGUGGUGGUGGAAAGGCGGCGGCAAAAAAGAAACUCAUAGCUGAGGAGUCGCCAGAGGAAAAGGAGGAGGUGGUAGAGGAAAAACAGCCGGAGCCGGAGCUACCCAAAAGUCGUAGUCAAGCCAAUGCACGGCCAGCACGUCGCAGUAACAAGGCAAACAAAUCCCAGGAGCGUCGCUCAGCAACUCCCAGUGCCAGUCCACAGCGCAGCCAGCGGCCAUCGCGCAAGACCAAAGAGGCGGCGGCCAUCUAUAUGGGCAUCAUUGGGCACAAGCUGCAGCUGGCCGACGAUGAGGAUGAUGAUCUGUCGCUGAGCAGUUUUCCUGACAUACCCAAUGUAAAGAAUAUGGAGAAAAUGGAAAAGGAAAUCAAGAAAAAGGCCAACAAACCAACAACAUCCUCAGCGGCACUAGUUUCUGAGGAGUCAACAACAACAACAACAGCAGCCACAGCAGCUACAUCAGCAACUGUUGUCACAGAGCCAGCACCAACAACAGUCUCAACAUCUUCAGCAGCAGCAGCAGUUGCACCUCGACGUGGUCGUCCACCCAAGCAGGCAAAGCCGCCGGCAGCCAAGCCACAAAUUGAGGGAAUGCUGGUAAAAAAGGGUGCACUGGCGUUGGCCAAAGCAAAGUCCGAACAACAACAACAACUGCUGCAACAGCAGCAACAAAAAGUCGACUCUGAUGCAGAGGAGGAUUUUUUAAUCAACGAGGAGCUAAACGAAACGAAGCGCAAGCUGGAGAAGAGUUUUAGCGACUCGGAUGAUGAGCCGUUGGCCAUUAAAGUGCAGCCAACGGCUGCAACAGUUGCUGCUGCCAGCACAACAGCAACAGCAAGUAAAACUAGCAGCAGCAGCAACAAACAAACAACAACUACAACAGCAGCAACACCAACAACAACAACAACAGCAGCAGCAACAACCAUCACAGCAACAAUAAUAACGCCGCCUAAGCUGCUGCCAACACCAGCGCCGCUUCUCACACCAAUUCACAACAGCGGCAUCACCACACAGUUAACGAUGCUGCCGCUGACGGCCAAGCCCUCAUUCAACAUUUCACCGCCCAGUUUUGGCUUCAAAGCGCUGGAGAAAAAGUCACCCGUGCCCACAUCCAAAAUACUUAAUGUGCCGGCAACUUAUGCGCUGCCCUCAACAGCAGCCAUCGUUGGUAUUCCAAUUGCCUCAGCAGUGGGCUAUACCAAGACUUCAUCCUAUUUGCCACAAGCAUCGCCGCAUUAUCACAACACCAACUAUGUGCGGCCGCCCACAUUUGUGGGCAACAAGACACCGCAACAUCCGUCGCCGCAGCUGUCAGCGGCAAUCUCAACAGCAGCAGUCGUGGCGGCAGCAACAUCACCUCUAAAAUAUCAAACGACGCCCACAACCUAUCCACCGCCCAUUGAGGCCUAUCAGUGUCCCAAGAUUAAUCCAAAUUUUUUAACACCAAAAUUUGAGCGCACCAGCGUUUUGCCACGCAACAACAUCAGCAUCAACACUAGCAACAUUAUGAACAGUAGCCACAAUCUGCAUACGCUGAGCAGCUUUAGCUCGGUGGCAACAGCAGCAGCCGCCGCCGCCACCACCACCACAACAACAGCAGCCACAGCAAUCACACGCAGCACCUUGAGCAACUUGACCGCGCCCAUUAAUAGCAUUGUGCCCAUUGUGCAACGUCCGGCGGUGAAUCUUAGCCUAACAACAGCUGCAGUAGCAUCCAUAACGCCGCCGGCAGUGGCCUCCACAUCAGCCGCAGCUGCACAACAGCAAAUGUCCACGCCCACGCAAAGUCCGUCUGUUCAUAAUAACAACAGCAACAGCAGCAAUGCGGUUGAUCCUUUAAAGGAUGAAAUCGGCAGCAUAUUGGCGCAGGUUACGCUCAUGCCCAGCAAGGAGGAGUCGGGCAAGAUCUUUGGCAUUGCCAGCGUCAGUCUGGCGCAAAGUUCCGGCCCAGACAAUACCAAAUGCACGCUGGGUAAAUGUGGAUCCAUACACAAGCCUGUGCUGGGACCUGUGGUGCCCACCGAGAGCUACUUCGGCGAUACGCUGUCCAGCAAGGAGCGCCGCAAGGCGAAGGUUAACAUGACACAUGAGCAAAUACAAAAGUGGCUCAUCGAAUGCAGCAACAAUCCCGACGAUAUACACGAUGAUCUUGAGGAUGAGUACGAUGAAAGCUUGCGGCAAGUGCAAGUGCAAACGCCACCAGCGCCGGCCGACAAAGAGAGCACCAGCUUUAGCAGCUCCUCGAAAAAUACGCGCAUGGAGCUGGGCAAGAGUGAGAGCGCUUGGUCGGCCAAGGGGCCAUCGCUGAAGGCCACGCCCGUGCUGCUUAGCAAUGCAACCACAGCGGGAGCAACUUGCGCCAGUCAGCGCAGAGAGACGGACAUGGACAACGAUUCGGAUCUGCUGGAGCUUGACAAUCCCUUGACGCCUGUCAAUCUUACACGCAAAUCCCCGUCUGUGAUCAGCGAAAAGAAAUUUGUAGAUAAGAAAAGCAAAGCAGCAGCUGCUGUUGCUGCUGCUGGGGCCAAACGCAAUGCAAAUGCCACGCCCACGCCGCCUAUCAGAGCGCCCAAGGCUACCAAUAAGAAAAAGGAAGCAAUAGCAGCAGCAGCAGUAGCGGCAGCAGCCACUGUUAGCCCACCAACUGUUCCAGCCAAACGUACGCCUGUUUAUCAAAGUCAAGCCAGAGCCAAAGCGCAGGCAAACAAGCAACAGCAGCAGCAGCCACAGUUGCCCGCAGCCAAAGCACCAGCAACAUCAGUAUAUGCCUUUGGCAAGGAUGAGGAGUCAACAACAACAACAACAGGUGCAGCCAAGGCCAACGCCAAUAGGCGGCGACAAGCGGACAAUGAAGCAGCAGCAGCCACUGCAGCAGCUACAACACCUACAGCAGCUUUGAGCGAACGCUCGCCAAGCAAGAAGCGCGCUGCAGCAGCAGCGGCAGCAACAGCGGUGCAACUUACGCUCAGUCCAACAGACAAGCUGGAGAAGCCAGCAAAGGCCACAGCCAAGGGCAACAAGAAACAGCCGCCGCCGUCAAAGGCAGCCGCGCCAGCAGCAGCAGCGGCAACAGUUGCUGAUGCACAAGCCGAUGGCACAACCUUUUAUAUACCGCUGCAAGGCGGUGGCGGUGCUGCAGGCGCUGCUGGUGGCAUACAAGCGGUGGCUGUCAAACUGGGCAGAGAGGGACCCGAUGGGCCUAAUCAGAAAGUUGUCAUGCAGGCCACAUUGGUGACCAAAGCACAAAUGGAUACCAAUACCAAGGGGCUGCCGGAUAAUGAGCUGGUCAAGACGCUGCUCAAUGCAGCAACAACAACAACCAGCACAGCAGCAACAGUUGCUACUGCUGUUGCUUCCACAACAACAACAACAACAGCAGCAGCUGCACCCACGACGACGACAACAACAACAGCCGCUAAAGCCAAUAGCUCUGCUUUGGUGCGUGUCAAUUCCAGUUCCUCCUUGUAUUCCAGCUCCGCUAAAGCUGCCAACGCCACAGCAGCAACAGCUACUGUGCCUGGCGCAGCAGCCACUGCCGCCGCCAAUGCUUUAGCCAAAAAGUAUAAAGACGACACGCCCAUCAAGAUGGCCAACAAUACCGCCUUUCCACGCCAUGACGAUCCCACACAGAUGGUCGAGGCGCCCAUCUUUAAGCCCACAGAAAAGGAGUUUGCCGAUCCCAUUGAGUUCAUCGAGCGUAUAACGCCGAUUGCUGCGCGCUUCGGCAUCUGCAAAAUUAUACCGCCGGCCAGCUUUAAGCCCGAGUGCCGCAUUUCGGAUGAGAUGCGUUUCAAUGCCUAUAAUCAGUAUGUGCACAAGAUGCUGCAUCGCUGGGGUCCCAGCGCCAAGGAGCUGAGCGCCAUCAAAAAGUAUCUUGCGACGCAGAGUAUUGUCAUGAAUCAUGCACCCUGGAUAGGCGGCAUGGAGGUGGAUCUACCACGUCUCUAUCACACGGUACAAGAGCUGGGUGGCCUCAAGGAAGUGAUUGAGAAAAAGAAGUGGGCGCGUGUCGCCGAAGAGAUGUGCAUACCCAAACUGGCACAAGAUCGUGUUACCAAACUCGACGACAUCUACUGCAAGUACUUGCUGCCCUAUGACACGCUCUCGCCAGCGGAGCGGCAGAAGCUGUUCGAUGAGGUCGAAGCGGAUUGGGCCAAGCGCGAGGCACGUGCGCGACGCAAUGCAGAUCGUUUUGUCAAUAGCACCGAGAGCGUAUCCAAUGAAGAGGAGGAUGUGUCCAGUGAUGAGGAUGAUGAGUCCGAGGAAGAGCUCGAUGGUGUGUCUAUGGAGUGCAUUGUCAAGGGACGCAGCAUGCCCUUGAGUCAAUUCUAUCGCAUUGCGCGCAAUACCAUGGCGCUGUGGUUCAAGAGCACCGAUCCAACAGUCAAUGAAGUGGAAGCAGAAUUUUGGCGCCACGUUGCCGUCCGUGAUAGUCAUGUGUGCGUGCAUUCUGGCAGCAUCGAUAGCUCUGGCUGGGGUUAUGGUUUCCCCAGUCCCGGACCCAAGGGCAAGGGCUCCAACUAUGCGCGACAUCCGUGGAACCUCAAAGUAUUGACCAACAAUGCCGGCUCCGUGCUGCGUUCCCUGGGGCCUGUCAUGGGUGUUACUGUGCCUACGCUACACGUCGGCAUGCUCUUCUCUGCCUGCUGUUGGUAUCGUGAUCCGCAUGGUCUCUCCUGGAUUGAGUAUCUACACACAGGCGCCUCCAAGCUCUGGUAUGGCAUACCCGAUGAUCAGAGCGCCAAUUUUCGUUCCGCCCUAACAUCGCUGAUACCCACGCAUUGCCAGAACAAGACCAUUUGGCUACCCUGUGAUACGGUCAUGGUGCCACCACACAUGCUCACCGAUCGUGGCGUCUCCUUGUGUCGCAUCGAGCAGAAGCCAGGCGAGUUUAUUGUCGUCUUUCCACGCGCCUACACCUCAAGCGUGGCCAGCGGCUAUGUUGUCUCCGAGAGCGUCUACUUUGCCACUAUGUCCUGGCUGGAUCUGGCCAAAGAUGAUUUCAGAGAUAUACAUGAGAGCUGCGAGCCGGCCAUGUUCUCGCUGGAGCAGCUGCUGUUUGCGCUAGGCUACGAUCAGCGCGUCAACCUGGACAUACUGCAGCAAAUGUUGCCCAUGCUAAGUGACGUUUGCGAGAAAGAGUCUGCAGCGCGUGAGCAACUACGCGCCGCUGGUGUCACCGCCACGGAGAAAGUGCAGACAGAGAAGGGUCAGAAGGCUAAGAAACAACCGCCAUACAAGUCCAUCGAAAGCGAGUGCGAUCUGUGCCGCGCCAAUCUGUACAUAUCUAUGGUGCGCACCGAGGAGGGCAAUGUCUAUUGCUUGCAGCAUGCGUUAAAAAAUCUCAACAAUGGCAAUAUACAGGCCAAACAGUGCAAGAUUAUCUAUGCCUACAAUGUCGAUGAUAUACAGCAGCUGAUACGGCAGUUGCAAGAGAAGAUUCAGCACAAGGCAACGGUGAAGAAAAAGUAGCAGAGGCGACGACGCUACUAAAAGCACAGCAGCGCAAUAACUCUCACCACAGCGUAAUCUAAUUAAUCCAUAUACGCAAUCUGUGUAUAUAUUUGUAGUAUAUGCAUAUGCAUACAUAUACAUAUACAUAUGUAUGUGUAAUGAUCUUUUUGCAAUUUGUAAUUUUGACUAGUUCAACAACCAUUAACGUUAAGUGAAAAGCAAGGAAAAGAAAUGUAUUUUUUAGGGUAACGCGUUUGCAAUGAAUUUUUGUUUUCCAUUUUAUACUAUUUUUGUUAUUAACUAACAUUUGUAUGUGUGUGUUAUUUUUGUAAAUAUAUAUAUAGAUAAGUGUAUUUAGCAUUUAGUUUAGCUUAGGCAUUGAUUACGAGUCGCCUCAGUUGAAAAAGGAAAGAAACAAAGAUUUAUACUAAACAAAAAGCGUGUGGCAAUUUCUACUAUACUUUUUAUACAGAACCUACAAUAAUAACUAAUGAUAAUAAUAAUAGUUGUAUGGAUGCAAAUAUAUAGAGAGAGAAGCAGUUAAGAAUUGUGACUAAAAACUACAGAAAAUUAAAAAACUUCCUACGCUUCUUUUAGACUUGAGCAACUUUAUAAGGCCCGUUUCAGUUCCAGUUUGAAAUAAAUAAAAGAUUUAACAUUUUGCGUUGUUCCAAUGUAUGUAUAUUUAUGUAGUUAUAGUUAUAAUACAAUAUUUAAUUAACAAGUGCAACAAUAAAUCUUAACUUCACAUA